AUACUCACUAAACUGUGGCAUAACAUUUCACCAUCAACGAGCAAGGUUAACAAUAUAUGGCGGCCACCUUGACAAAACCAUGGAGAAAGUCCAAGCUAUUUAUAGUUCCUCACGUUGUUUUCAUUGUUGUUUCGUUGUUAUAGAAAGUUUAUAUAGAAGUAUCACCCCUUAAUGGAUUGUCUACCUAGUCGUGUGGAGGUGAAAAAACAACAAGGAAGCCUCAAAACUACUAGGAGUUUAGAAACAACUUUGAACACUGAGUAACUUAUCGAUCCGUCCCAAUCUUAACCAUGACAAAAGGCGUUGCAAGCAAGAAACAAACGAAAGGACAACGUAGGGACGAUUUGGAAAGAAAACGAGACGAUCGAGUGAGAAGAAACGCUCUAAAGAAGGAACGAAAAAUAAAGGAAUACCUCGCUGAUGAUGAAGACUUCGUCAGCUUCUCGAAUCAACUUGCUGCAUUAAGUCUGAAGAUAAAGGACAUCCCUGGUGACGGAAAUUGCUUGUUUCGUGCUUUGGGGGAUCAAAUUGAAGGAGAUCACACAUCACAUAUGCGGCACAGAAGGGAAACAGUUAAAUACAUGGGAGAUCAUAGAAGUGACUUUGAACCCUUUAUGGAAGACAAUAUAUCAUUUGAUAAACAUUUACAGGAGCUAUCCAAACUAAGCACAUAUGGGGGGAACGACAGCAUUGUGGCAUUUGCACGCAACCAUGGAGUCAAUGUUGUCAUACAUCAGCUCAAUGAACCCAGAUGGGUAAUUUAUGGAGAGGAAUACAGCAAGAAUGGACAAGUUCGAGAGCUGCAUGUCUCUUAUCAUAAUGGAGAACAUUAUUCAUCUGUAAGACAUAUAAGUGACAACAGUACUGAACCUGGUUGGAUAAAACACAAUGAUAGAGUAUCUGCUGCCUCAAUGCCCAUGAAAACACAACUUGCAGCCACCAAAAAAGAGGGUAAACCCAAAGGAAAAGGAAAAAGGAAAGAUGCAAGAUCAGCUUGUGGCAGUAACAACAAUAUGGAUUUUCCACAAGAAAGUGAUGAGCUUACAGCAGAAGAACUGGUUAUGACAGCCACUGGAUGUAAGGACUUGGCCAUUAUAGCUCAAACCCUGGAGGAGAAUGCAUAUGAUGUUGACACUUCCAUUAAUUACAUUCUUCAGUUGAUGUUUAUUACUGAGGAGACAGGAUAUUUAUCUCAAGACAGUUCUGCUGCAAGCAAUGAACCAGUGAAUAAUCAUGAACAUGGAAUGGAAUGUUCUUUGACAAUGGAAGCAGAGACACAUACAACAAAAAAGAAUCACUUAAAUAAUGACAUUAAGGAAAAUGACCAAACUAGUCCAGGUGUUGGAACCUGUGGUUGUUCCUCCAAGGAUGACAUAAAAUUAUCAGAAACAAGAACUACUGGUGAGAUAGAAACUUUUUCAAAUUCAUCAAGUGGCAUUACCAGUGAAACUGUUCAAGACUCUUGUAAAUCCCUAUCUCAAAAAGAACAGAAAUUAACUAAGGCAUAUGAACACCAUGGUGCAAGACCCAAAGUUGUUGAUAAAUCAAAGAACCAGCAAGGAUCGACUAAUACACAUUUAAGUAACAAGAAAAGAAAGGAACUGGCUAAAAAGGAGAAAAAGAAAAGGAGAGAAGAGAGAAGGAAAGAAGAGGAGUCAAACUCACAGCUUGAGUCUUCAGUUUCUCAGUUAGAAAAUUCCAGUGUGGGCAUAGUGGCUGAUUUAGGACUUCUUGCAAUAUAAAAAAUGACUGUCACAAUUAUUUCCAAGAUGCAAAAUAAAUAUUUUUUUCUAAA